AUGCUACAGCCGUUUCCGACACACAUUAUGCAAAAAGAUCAGCAGUACGUCGUUUUUAACGGAAAUUUAUAUUUCUUCUCGCCGUACACGGUCAAAAAGCAGAGUCUUCAUGUCAAAUUGUCUGCUGGUGCUCUUGAAUAUUACAGUAAACAGGUGCAGCCUGUGAGACGCAACGGCACGACUUUGGUUUAUGGCUCAUACGAAAACGUUGGACCGUACUCGAAGUCACCGUUACGAGUUCAUUAUGAAAACAAUUCGCCAUUCCUCGUCGUCAAGAACAUCGAGCGGGUCAUCGAAGUGUCGCACUGGGGCAACAUUGCCGUCGAAGAAAAGUUGCAGAUCGUCCACGAAGGGGCACAGCUGAUUGGCCCAUUCUCACGUCUUGACUUCCAGCGAGAUUUUCGAGAAAAGAUGCCGUGCGUUCGCCAGUUGAAGACCGUUCUUCCCGCCUCCGCAGCACAUGUCUACUACCGAGACGAAAUCGGCAACGUUUCUACAAGCCACAUGCGGGUUUUGGACGACGCUGUAGAACUGAUUUUUGAACCGAGGUUCCCCCUGUUUGGCGGAUGGAAAACAGAUUACGUCAUUGGCUACAAUGUUCCCACCUACGAGUAUCUGUACAGUUCUGGUAGCAGAUUCGGCUUGAAAAUGCGUUUCGUUGACCAUAUUUUCGACUCGUUUGUCGCGGAUUCAGUUACGGUUAAGAUAAUCCUUCCUGAAGGCUCAAGCGAUUUUAACUUCAAAUGUCCAUACGAUGUCGUAAAAGGACCUUUGGAGUAUCACUUUACGUAUUUGGAUUCAUCUGGCCGUCCGGUGAUUACUGCGCACAAAUCGAACGUCGUCGAAAACCACAUUCAGAGUUUUGAGCUGUUUUAUUCAUGGGAUCGAACUCUUAUUUACCGGGAACCAGCUAUGGUCGUGAUCGCUUGCUUCCUGCUGUUUUUCGUUGUGAUCGUUUGGGUCCGUCUUGACUUCACAAUUGUCGAGGAUCGCGUUGCUGAGAGUCGAGUAAAGCUUAGUGCUAUAAUGGACAACAUCACGUCUCUACAUAACCAACGGUCAGCUGAUUACGAGUCUUACAUUGAUCUUGUCAAUAAGUUAAAAGUAGACAAAGACCUGGCUCACUUCAACUCAGCCAAGAAGAAAAUCGAAAACGAUUUCAAAUUACAGAAUCAGCAGAUUUCUGACCUUCACGCCCAGUUAAAGGCAGAGAGCGCCGAGGCUGCAGAGAAGGUUAACGAAAUGCAACGCCUUGAUCGAUCUAUCAAGGAGGUGAUAUCUAACUGGGCGACUGCCGUAGAAAGAUUCGUUGUGGGAAAAGGGUCAAAGCAGCUAAUGACCGACUUGGAGAAGAAUCUGCGCCUGAAGAUGGAUGAAACAGCCGAAAAAAUUGGUCAUCUGUUAUAUAGCAUUUAA